AUGACACCAAAAGCUCCAGUUAAAAAAAAGAAGUCGGUUCAAAACCGUCAGAGAUGCCAAUAUACUCCUGAGGAUUUAGAAAAUGCUGUGAAUAGUAUAAGAAAUUUAGAAUUAAGUAUGAACAAAGCUAGUCAAAUAUAUAAUAUACCAAAGGCUACUUUAUCCAUUAAAGUAAAACAAAAUCAUACUGUUCACUGUAAGCUAGGUCGCUCAACGAUUUUGACAACAGACGAAGAGGAUAAAAUAAAAAAUUGGAUCUUAAAUAAAGCAAAAUUGGGUUUCCCUAUGUGUCGUGAGGAUGUUAAGAAUGCUGUUCAAAAAGUUUUAAAGGAAACGAAAAGUGAUAACCCUUUUAUUGAUGAUUGUCCUGGACGCAAAUGGAUGGAAUUAUUUUUAAAUAGGCAUCCCGAAAUAAUUUUGAGAAACAGUGAAGUUUUAUCAAAAGCUAGGGCUUGUGUGACAGAAGAAGGAAUUAGAGAAUGGUUCACUGGUUUACAAAAUCAUAUUGAAAUCGAUCUUGGACUACAAGAAUUUUUUAAUUCUCCGGAGCGUAUUAUUAAUUUAGAUGAACUUGGUAUGUCAUUGUGUCCAAAGACUGGGAAAGUUUUAGGCCCAAAAGGAGAAAAAAAUUUAUACAGAAUCGCUACAGGAAUGGAAAAACAGUCUAUCAGCGUUCUUUGUUCUUUUUCUGCAGAUGGAAACUCUUUUGACCCGAUGAUAAUUUAUGCUUAUAAAAAAAUGCCUCGGGAUAUUGCUAACUCUCUUUCUAAGGGAUUUGCAAUAGGACGAAGUGAUACUGGUUGGAUUAAUAGUGCUAAUUUUUAUGAGUACAUUGCUAAUGUAUUAUACCCUCGUCUUAUUGAAAGAGGAACAAAGUUUCCAGUUUUGAUAUUAUGCGAUGGGCAUAAAUCACACAUUAACAUGGAUCUUCAUCGUUUUUGCGUAGAUAAACAAAUUAUUCUAUAUUGUCCCGUACCAAAUUCAACGCAUAUUUUACAGCCAUGUGAUGUUGGCAUAUUUUAUCCUCUUAAGGUUGAGUGGAAAGAAGUGGUAGCAGAUCAUUCUCAAAUAUCAACUACAUCUAUUACUAAAGUCAAUUUCGCAUCCUUGUUUAAAAAAAGCAUACGACAAAGCAGUGAAACCGGAAAUUGUUAA